AGGACAUUUUGUUGCUACUCGGACUGCAGUCGGCCAAGAGAGAAGAAGGAGGCGACGGCUUCUUUGUUGUCUUUUUGAAAUAAAAAAACAUCACUGCGCUUCCCUUUCGACGCCAACAGGAAGGGAUUCUGAGUCCAUCGUAACCCAGACGAAAGGCUUUGACCAACCAAGCCUGAAGAAGUCGGUGCCCGACUUCGCUGACUACCGUGCGCCGGGGUGAAUUCAUGUUCAGCUCGGCUCCGCGACCAAACGACGCCCAUAGGCACACAACAACCAGACGAAGCACCGCGACGGGACAAAAGCUGCCCGAAGCCCGCAGGAGACGACCGCCCAACAGCCGGAGGCCGCUCGGAGGCGAAAGACUGAAGACGACGAAGAGGGGCUUUCUUUUCCCGUUCGUGGCAACAAAGAGGUGACACUCAGUUUGGCAGCAUCAUGGGUGGUGGAGGCGGAGAGAGAAUCAACAUUCCAGGCCCUCACCACGAACGCCCCAAGAAGAAGAACCAUCAGUUGGGCCGGGCCAAGCCGAGAAGCCCGAGCGGCGCCGUGGUGGCCGCGUCCGCCACAGGGGGCGCCGGCGUCCUCCACCGCAGGAGCGACAAGGGCGCCGUCUACCACAGGUCCCCGGAGGCCGACAAGGGCGCGGCCGCCCGAUUCGCCGUGUACGAGCAGAACUGGGAGGGGGCCGUGUCCCACCUGAACACGCUCCUGAUCGCCCAAGGCAGUCCCAGCUACGCCGGGCCCAAGUUCAGCGAGCCGCCCUCGCCCAGCGUGUUGCCCAAGCCCCCCAGUCACUGGGUGUCCUUCCCCAUCAGGGGGUGUGACCACCGGGAGAUGAUGGCCUUCCAGCUCAAAAGCCUUUUAAAGGUGCAGGCCUGAUGGGGGCGGGGCCACCUCUGAGGGCACCCCCCACCAGGAACACUUCUGUGCUGUAAUUUAUAUCUUGACUUUACAGCUCUGCUGCCUUGCUGGUGGGCGCUGCCCUCAGACCACUCCCCUUUUAGCUGCUGUUUUGUUCUUUUUAUUUUGGCUAUUAGAAGCAGAUUGGGUGCACUUAUUUUUAACGUGUAGUUCCCUUCUAUCACUGAUAGUCCGUUCAUGUGGACACUUUUGUUUUCUUCUCCGUGGGUUGCCUGCACGACUACAGCUGUUUAAACACGUAGUCACUUCCCCCCCUACCAUUUUCCAAAAUAAGAGCCUCACGUUCUUGUUAUGAAGCUAAAUUGCGACGCUCAAUUCUGCAGGGAAAGAAUGGGUGGACACCAUGGCACACCUUUUUUGUUGUUUUGACUGCGCUGUGCGCACAUGCACUAUAGGGGCCACGCUGGUCUGGGGCCCACAACUCUUUGUUUGCUGGGUGUGUGGAACCAAAGUAAUGCUAGGACAGCUUCUUGUAGCACCCUCAAAGUCUUUCUCCAAGCCAGGCCUGUGCAGCUUUGACACGCGGAAGAGGACCAGGCUUCAGACUUGGGGGCCCCCCACUCGGGGCCCCCACGUCUCAGGCUGCAGUCCUUGUGGGCUCGCACACCUGUCUUGUUUUUGGAAAAAGACACUUGAGGAAGCAGUCUGUGUUUGCGUGUGACAGAAGAUGUGAAAGAAGCGUCAUGGUUUACAUGAAGUUGGGAGACGUGUCACUCGCCAUUUAGCCCGUUUUGCACUGCGGUCACUUCAUGUUCAUACGUUACAGGCACCAUACUGUACAUGUUCAUAUGUUACAGGCACCAUACUGUACGUCAUGUUCAUACGUCACAGGCACCAUACUGUACGUCAUGUUCAUACGUUACAGGCACCAUACUUACUGUACGUCAUGUUCAUACGUUACAGGCACCAUACUGUACAUGUUCAAAUGUUACAGGCACCAUACUGUACGUCAUGUUCAUACGUCACAGGCACCAUACUGUUGAAUCAACAGAUGCGUAAUCGACUAUCUUUUUUUUUUUUUUUUUUUUACAUGGUUUUUAAAUCAAGACGAGCCGGUUUAUUUACGUUCCCCGUUUUCGAAUGUUUCUAGCCAGAUUAAAGAUGACAAAGCAGCAUUUAAAUCAUGUCCUUCAGGAGCCAUGUAAAUAAGUGACAUGUGUAAAGUUCUUGUAGCAUAUUGUACAUUUGCAGGCCCGCCUUGAGGCUUGCGGACAGAAGUAUUUUUUAGUAAUAACACUGAAUGUAUGAGACGUGCUCGGGACGUGUCGACUUCAAUGCCGAAGAAUAUUUUUGUUAAGAAAAAAGGAAAAAAAGCAAUUGCCAGUAACCUGCACUGAAGUCUUUCUGGAGAUGUUGCACAUUUUAUAUUUUGUACGUAAAGCAGUGUGGGGUGCAAACAUGAACUAACAUGGACCCGAUUCGCUUCGGAGACCGUAAUGCACCACUUUGAUGUCUGGAUGAACAUUUUAUUGAAGUUAAUUUUUAAAUCACUUUGUUUCUGCUGUUCUUCCGCCAGCUGUUCUCCAUUCUUGUACUUAUUUGUUGAUUCAGGUCAAAGUGGUGCAUUGCCAAGUCUCCUGUGCUAAAUUAGAUACAAUUGGCUAUUAAUUUGAAUCCCUCUGACAAAGUCAUCUAUGUGAAAGAAAAUGCCCUCAAUGAAGAUUUGUAACAAUUGGUUUAUAAACGCUGAAUAUAAUUAAAUCAGGGUUGAACAAAAAUUUUAAAAGAAAAAAUAAAAUCCCUUUCCCUCCCCCUAAA